AUGCUUCUCGCUGUUGGCAAGAGCGAGAACACGGAGAGCAACGGCGAUAAGGAGCAGCAAGACGACGACGUGUGCGAGAUCUCGUUCCACGGACAGCUACCGAUGAGCUACCUGCUGUGCGACUCCUCGAUCCUGACCGUCGAGGCGAACACAUCCCAGAAAACUGGGAGGACCGGCCAGCAGUUCCGUUGCGACGGUUGCGGCCGUGGUUACACGCGUAUGGACAGCCUGAAACGGCAUCAGACCAAGUGCGACGCGUCAUUAGAGAAGCUGCAAGAAGAGGUCGAGUGGUUGCAUCGGCAGAAAUUCUAUUGCACUCAGUGCGGCAAGGGUUACAAGAGACUGGACACGCUGAGGAGGCAUCAGAGGCUCGUUUGCGGGGACAAGGAGACAACUAGCUCCUGA